CAAACUAAAGGUGGAACAAGUAAAAAAACAAAAGAAACUAAAGAGUCAUUACCAUGAAGAGGGCCAAACGUUGGCUGUUCACAACAGCAACAGUGCUGCUACUUUGUGUGCUGGCAUCGACAGAUGCCGCACUGCCCUUUAAAAAGGUUUCCAUUGCCAAAGCAUCCGCUUCCACAACAAGCACAACGAGCACGACGACCACAGCAGCUCCGGAUUAUGACACGGACAAGGAGGAGGAGGUACCUGCAGAAGCCCCAAGUGAGAGUGAGGAUAACAAGUCAGACAAUGCGACGUUGUCGAAGAACUCUAAGUUGACGGGCAUACCGCAAAUUGAUUACAUUUGGGAUCCAAAUUUGCCACGAGAACUGCGAGGCUACAACCUCUCUACAUAUCCUUUCCUGUCCACCGUGCCACCCAUGGAUGAGAUUCAUUUCAAAUGCGAGGGUCUCCACGACGGUUUCUAUGCCUCCAUCGAGUACAAGUGUCAGAUCUAUCAUCAUUGUGUUUAUGGCAUAAGACACGACUUUUUGUGCGCCAAUUUCACGGCCUUCGAUCAGCGCACAUUCAUCUGUCACUUUGCCUCCGAUGUGGACUGCGAGGGAUCGCAAAAGUAUUGGAACAGGAACGAUGAGCUGUACAUGGCGACGACGACAACAUCGACGAGCACAAGCACAACCGAAGCACCUGCCACAGCGCCGCCAAGACGUCGCCCCACACGUCCUUAUCAACGACGCCAUCGUCGCCCUCUGCCUGAUUACUAUGAGGAAGAUGAUUAUUACUACAAUGACUAUGACGAUGAGGUGCCUCGCAACAAGCAACGUCCCCGAUCUCGUCCUCGCAAGCCGCAGCCGGAUUACGACGAUGAAUAUGUGGAGAAGCAGCCAGCGCGACGCAAUCGGAAUCGGUAUAGGGACGAGGAAUAUGACAGCGAUGACGACUAUGACGAUCGUCGCAAGCGUCCAGGACGUCGCAAGGCGAUUGCAGCAGCAGCUGGGGGGACGGGCAAGGGAACACCGAGAAAGCCAGGUCGUGUGGACGAACGACGGAGUUUCAAUGAGGAUCGCACGGCAGAUGAACCGCGACGUGCAUCGGCGGGCAGACGUCGUGCCAAUGAGAAACGCACUACGCCCUCGACUGCGGAUUUGAUCGACGAUCUGGAGGAGAUCGAGAAACCCUACGGACUGGAUCAAGAGGAGGCAGCCGAAGAGCAAACGCCCCAAAAGGUGAAGACAACGCCCAAGCCACUGGCCGAGUAUAUCACACCGAAGUCGGCUGCCUCCGUCUACUCUCGUCCACGUGCUCCGCCUCGCAUUGCGCGUCCGGUGCCCAUCAAUGAGAAGAAAAAGUAUUCGUACCCGGUGCAAAAGAAUGCGGCUGCCAAUGCAGCGGGCGACGCUGACGAGGAGGAUUACUAUCAAGAGCCGGAACAAGAGGCACAGGAGGAACCUCAGCAUGAGGAUGACUACGUUGAACCUCAACGCACCACGCCCCGUCGACGCACUGUCGCCCUCCCCCGGGAACAGAAGCAACAUCCCACGCGUCCAACGCUCCGGAAGCCCGUGACUGACAAGAAGCAAUUGCUCAGUCAGGACGAUCAGGAUUACUAUGCGAAUGACGCGCCGCGUCGCAAGCGUCCCCAAGGCAACAGCAGAUCCCGUGGCACGCCAGCUCCUGCGCCAACCGCAGCGGAUGCCGAUUUUGUGGAUGAUGUGGACUACGAAGAAAAACCUUUGCCAGCGCGCAAUCAACGCCUGCGUCCCAAGACAGCAGUUGCGCCAGCGCCCGCAGCCCGCAAGCCCAUCCAGCGUCCACGUCAACCCAUAGUGCAACCCGAAGAGCCCGAGGCGGAGCUAGAACCCAACAGCGAGGAACAGGAGCCAGCGCCUCCUCCGCGUCCCAGAGUCAAUGCAGCCAACAACGCGCGACGCAAUCAGAAGCUGGCUCAGGCAACCAGACAGCGAGCGCUGCCCACGGUGAAGACCACAGCGGCGAGCAUAGUCAACGAUGAGGUGGAGCAGGAGCCGGAACCGGAGCUCGAUGAACCGGAACUGGAUGAGACUGAAGAGCCGCUGGCGCCGGCAGCACCAGCGAAAUCGCAACGCCCCGCAUCGGUACGUGUGGUCAAGCGACCGUUUCUCCCCUCACGUGGGGGCAGCCCAUACUUGCCGCGCGGCCUGCAGCCGGUGGGCGUGGCCGUGAGGCAGCAACAGCAGCUGUCGGGUAACAACGAUGCUGCACUGCAUCGCACCACAGAGAGCACGCCCAUCGACAUGGGUUCAACCAUUUCGGGCGUGCGUCUGCUGGAGCACGGUGCGCCGCUGUUGCGUGGCGAAGAGGCGCCACCGCCACCGCAUCCACCGUCGACACAUGCGCCACGCACCACGUUGCCACCGCGCAGCGCGUUGCCCACAGCGGUGACGCCAAGGCGUCCGGAACCGUUGCCGGCCAAGCUCAAUUUGGAUGAGCUGUAUGAGAACGAUUACGAUGUGACCCUGAACGAUGCGCUCGAUCCCACGCUUAAGCCGCUUACGCCACAGCAUUCACAACCGCAUCAGCAUCAGCCACAGCAUGCCAGCUAUCAGGGUCGUCCUUAUGCGAGUGCGUAUGCAGCGCCAGCAUCUGAGAGCGGUGCCUACAAUCCAUUCAACAGCUAUCAACAACCGCAACAGACAUCCAUCUAUCAGAAUCAUUCGCCAUCAUCCGCAUCCGCUUUGCAGUCACCAUCACAGCCACAGCAUCAGCCACAGCAUCAGCAUCAGUCGCAAUCCCAAUCCCAGCCAGCGAGCAGCUAUCAUAGUGAUUCCUAUUUCUCAUCAACAGAUAUACGCAGGCGGGCGAUUGCAACGGCGCCGGCCUCGCGUUCACAUAGACACGAAUACGCUGCUGCCGGAGGAGCAGUGACCCAUUCCCAACUGGCUGCGCGACCCCAACAGCAAUUCUACGACGACUUUGCAUAUUAAUCGGGAGAGGAUCGCGUGAUUCAAACAAAAAGCUGCAGAUGUAAAUAACUUUCAAGAGAGAGAGAGAGAGAGAGAGCGUUCCAGGUGCCUAGGCAACAUAAAUACAUACAUAUAAUGUACUCGUACUUUUCUCAACUAUCUUUUUAUUUUAUAUAUACUACACAUACAUAUAUAUUUUAGUAUCUUAGCCACAGUCUACUUAUACUCUUAUAGUUAAUGCUAAAGUUUAUUCAGACCUAAGUAACACACACGCAAAACACACAACACGUUUAUCUUAAAAAAACUAAUUAACAUAUCGUACAUUUACAUUAUAUAAUACUCAAUUCUCGUGAUAGUAGCCGAGACAAAAGUAAAUUACAAUUUUGUCAGCUAAAUUUAAAGUAAAACAACAACAACAAAAAACACCCAAUUUUCCCUGUGACUGCGGAAAAUAAAAAAAAAGAAUUUGAAAACAAACAAAAAAAAUUGAAAUAUAAAAAUUGCAAGAACAACAA